GACAAUAGGGGUCGCCCCCAUAGUCUGCCUUGUGAUUUUUCAAGGUCUCUUCUCUGUCGUGAAGGAGAUCAUACGAUUCGAUAGCGAAAGAGAAGAUGGAGAAAAACAGAAGCUCCAAGCUCAACAUCGCCAUCAUUCAUCCAGACCUCGGAAUCGGUGGAGCUGAAAGAUUAAUUGUUGAUGCUGCUGUGGAACUUGCAUCCCAUGGGCACAAUGUUCAUAUUUUUACCGCACACCAUGACAAAACUCGAUGUUUUGAGGAGACUCUUGCUGGAACCUUUCCAGUUACUGUAUAUGGUGCUUUCCUGCCCCGUCAUGUUUUCUACCGUCUACAUGCUGCAUGUGCAUAUCUCCGUUGCCUUUUUGUUGCUCUCUGUGUGUUGUUCAUGUGGCCGUCAUUCGAUGUUAUACUCGCUGAUCAAGUCUCCGUAGUCAUUCCACUAUUGAAACUAAAGAAAUCAACUAAGGUCGUAUUUUAUUGCCAUUUUCCAGAUUUGUUGCUGGCUCAACACACAACAGUUCUUAGGAGGAUGUAUCGGAAACCCAUAGACAUUAUAGAAGAAAUAACAACUGGUAUGGCAGAUUUGGUUCUUGUUAACAGCAAAUUUACUGCAUCUACUUUUGCAAACACAUUUAAGCAACUUGAUGCAAGAGGAAUUAAACCAUCCGUGCUUUACCCAGCAGUCAAUGUAGACCAGUUUAAUAAACCCCACACUUUUAAGUUGAAUUUUCUCUCCGUCAACCGCUUUGAAAGGAAAAAGAACAUAGAUUUAGCAAUAUCUGCCUUUGCCAUGCUUCGCACCCCUGAAGGUGAUGUUCUUCAAGGUCAUAAUGUGGCUGAUGCUACAUUGACAGUCGUAGGCGGCUUUGAUAAACGCUUGAGAGAGAAUGUCGAAUAUUUGGAGGAAUUGAAAAGCUUAGCAGAGAGGGAAGGAGUGUCUCACCAGGUUAAGUUCAUGACAUCUUGCUCGACAACUGAAAGGAAUACGCUGCUUUCACAAUGCCUAUGUGUUCUUUACACACCAAAGGAUGAACAUUUUGGAAUUGUUCCCUUGGAGGCAAUGGCAGCCCAUAAACCGGUAAUUGCAUGCAACAGCGGGGGUCCUGUUGAGACAAUUAAGAAUGGCGUGACAGGGUUCCUCUGUGACCCAAGUCCCCAAGAUUUCUCUUUGGCUAUGGCAAAGUUCAUUCAGGAUCCCCAAAUGGCAGAGAGAAUGGGUCUAGAAGCUCGGCAACACGUCGCUGAGUCGUUUUCUACCAAGAUAUUUGGGCAGCGUUUGAAUAGAAUUCUUGUUGAUGUAGCUCGGGGGAAGAGGGAGUGAGAAUAUCUAAAACAGCACAAAGAAUAUGCUGUUAAGGUGCUCUACUUCCAGAAUUUCCAGAAAAUUAACUUGUCAAUAAGUCGUUCUUUGAACUUGCAAGAAACUUAUUCAAGCUAAAUUGUUGACAUGAAAUGGUGAUAUAUUGAUGCAAAACUGUUCUGUAGCAGGAAGAGAGGGAUUAUCAGCAGAAGAAAUUUUAUUUGUUGUUAUAUUAGCGAACAUCUUAAAUCAAAAGUUGAAGGCCCCACGAAUAGGUAUAUGAGGUCAACUUAUUGUA